AUCAGAUCCGCGUGCCCUGCUCUUCUUCUCCCCCGACCCUCUGCACUCGACGAGCCCACCCCGUCACCGCCACCCAUUUCCGGCCGGAAAUCCGGCAAAGCUUGGGGAUUUCUCCCUAUUUUCUUGUCUUAGAACACCUAGUAAACCCAGAAAUUUCCCCCUCUUUGCUGGAAAUUCCGGAUCUGCGCUGUCUUCUUCCCUUUGUCCGUCGGCCUCUGCUUGUGUGGGUGUGAAUUCUCGGCUUUUCUGAAUUUCCCCCAAAUUGCCGCCAGCCUCUUCCCCCUGCCAUGUCCGUUUCUGCAGCUGGAAAAUUUCUGGUAGGGAGAAAAUCCCGUGAAUUAGCUAGUGUUUGGCCAAUUUUGGAAGUGCAGUCACUGUUCACGCACUGUUCAUGGGUACCGUUCACGAGGUUUUGAUCGUUCUGUCACCAUAGCACUUGGGAAUUGUAAACACUGGUACCCUUAUUGACGCCUGCCAGUGGAAGUUUGUAAACACUGGUACUUCUAAAACCCUACCAAUGGGGUUAAACAUUUGGUACUAUUAUUGACGCCUGCCAGUGGGAGUUUGUAAACACUGGUACUAUUACUGAUGCCUGCCAGUGGGAGUUUGUAAACACUGAUACUAUUACUGAUGCCUGUCAGUGGGAGUUUGUAAACACUGGUACCAUUACUGACGCCUGCCAGUAGGAGUUGUUAAACACUGGCCAUGACUUAUAGAUGAGACUACUGAACUGAAUCUGAUUUUGUCACUGAGCGUUUUGGUUAUAUUAAAUUGUUUAUCUGGCAUGCUAAAGUUUUACCAAGGGCUAUCCAUAAUUACUUACUGAGUUAUCUCAUAGUUUUCCUUGUUCACCAUUUCAGGAAGCGAUACUGAGGACGGGGGAAACCGAGGGGAGUGACGAGUUAGAAGGCUAGCCAUCGUGUAAAUUGAAUAUGGAUUUUAGAUAUAAAUGAUGAUCUUGUAAGCGAGAUUUUAAUUGGAGAUUGUAAAUUAAUUUAGUGGAUAGUUAGUUUAUAAGAGAUUUGAUAUGGAGAUUUUGAGGUUAAGUCGUGUUUGGACAUAGGGAAUUAAUUUUGAAAUAUCUG